CUCAUUACUCUCCAACCAUCGACUAUUAUUAAAAUGUCUGGGCAAUCUGUUGACUCGUACUAUUCGGCCAUCAAGGAAGCAAUUGAAAACGGCAAUGUUGCAGAGGCAAAAAUUGAGGUCAUUGGACUCAUCAAGCAGGACCUGGCCGCCCAGGCGCUGCUAGCGAUUAAGAAGGCGCGCGCGGCGAAGCUGUUUACCGCAAAGGAGCUCGAAUUUGAGGCUGCAUAUUGCCAUUUCACGCUCGGCAGCUACGACGAUGCCAAGAAAGCCCUGAAGAAAGUUACCGCAAGCAAGGCUGUCACGCACCUGCUUGCUCAGAUCGCGUACAAGUCAGACGACUAUGCCGAGUGCGUCAACCUAUAUGAGGAGCUGCUGAGGGAUACUGACAAGGAGAGCGAGGAGUACCAGGAUCUGCUGCUUAACCAGUCUGCUGCCAAGGCAGCGGCGCUGCAGAGCGCGCAGAGUGCUGGUGAACAAAGGCCAACUGAGGAGCAUGGCAGCAGCUACGAGCUCAUGUUCAAUGCAGCCACUGAUUUGCUUGUCCGUGGCCGUAUUGCUGAGGCAGCAGAUCUGCUCGAGAUGGCUGCUACCCAGGCACGCUCGUCGCUGGCAAGCGAGGGGUGGUCACAGGAGGAUAUCGAGGGCGAGGUUGCACCGAUCGAAGCCCAGCGCGGUGUUGCUUUGCAGACACAGGGCAAGACCGCCGAGGCACGUGCUGUCUUCUCUCGUUUGCUGGCAGACAAAUCUCUUGAGGGCUCGGCUCGCGAUAUUGUCGCUCAUAACGCGGCUGUCCUUAGCAUCUCCGAGUACGCACGCCGUGACAUCGCCCUUGAUCGCGUUAAGCGUGCCUUGCAGCUCCCUGGCAGUGCUACGCGCCAGCUGAGCCGUGCCCAGCGGGCAUUGAUGCGGUUCAACAUGGCUGUGGUGCAGUUCUCGCAGGGCCAAUACGCAUCUGCUCGCCGCUCACUUUCGCGCCUCAGUAAGAGCUACUCGGACAUUCCUAAUGCGAGCGCAGGUACUCUGUCAGCAGCCAUCUCGCUCCAUCUGGGCAGCGUGGACAAGGCUCUUAAUGAGCUGGCGACGAUCUCGCGCAGCCAGCAGCCAUCUGAUGCCGUCUUUGCGACACUGGCUGCAGCACAGGUUGCAAUUUCUGCUGGUGAUAACCAGCGUGCUCUGGAUGUGCUGACUGCAUGGAAAGACCGCGCGGAAGGCGUGUCUCUUGGUAGUCUGUCAGCGGCCGACCAGUUUGCUCGCUACUACUUUGGCAUUGUGCAGCUCAUUGGCUGGCUGUCGGGUAGCAGGAUGUCGUCAACAGCUCCGGAUGCGGCCAAGCACCUGUACACGCAGGUGAGCAAGCCCGGAACCUACUCUGCCCGGCUGCUUGCUGCAGUUGGUGAUUGCCUCGCAUUGGCAGGAGAACCCGACGCAGCAAAGAGCUGCUUCAACCAGGCCAAGCAGGCUGCUGCAGAGCAAAAUGCCGACGUGGGAACGCUGGGCUCCACCUGCCUGCAUGCAGUGCUGGCGUCUGGGGACAAUGGGGCCCACCAGAUGUCGAUCGCACAGCUACUGAAGGGCUAUAGCAGACGCUCUCGGGUCACACGGGUCAUCCCCGGCGUCCGUAUCAGGGUGUCCCGCCAGUAUCAGCCCAAGUCGUCGAAUGCAUCGGCUGGCGACGGAGCACGCUCAAAGAAGUCUGCUGCUGCUGCCAAACAGCCGGUCAAGGCGAAGCCGCAAGAGGGCAGUCGCACAAAGAAGUACCGUGCAAGCCGCCAGCGUCGCCUGGCUAAGAACCCGCCCAAGAACUACGAUCCCGAGCGCAAGCCCGACAGCGAACGCUGGAUCCCACUGCGCCAGCGCUCCUACUACAAGCCGCGUGGCCGCAACCGCAAGCAGCUCAAGAUGCGCGGUGGAGCGCAGGGCGGGGCAUCGGAGGCAGGUGCUGGGCUCGGGGUCACGGGCAGUGCCCGCAUCGCUGGCCAUAUCGAUGGGUCACAAACCCCUGGCCAUGAUUCCGACGACGAUCACCAUGAAGAUAGUGCUGCGAAGAACCCCCAGCAGACUUCUGGUGCCGGCCAUUCAAAGAGCAAGGGCGGCAAGGGCGGCAAGAAGGGCGGCAAGAAGGGUGGCAAGGGCAAGCGCGGAUGGUAGGGGAUGUGCUUGGAAGUGUAGCUAAUAAACGCCGGCUAUUUUCUCUUA